AUGGCGGACCAGAUCGCGGCUUUCGAAAAUGAGAUUAAGGAGUACAAAUUACAGGCCAUCCAACUGGGGCUUCAAGCAGAUCCGGAUAGCACAGAGCUUCAGGAAUUAAAGACUGAACUCGAACAAGUCAUUUCCCUCACCGAAGCUGCGAUCGCAGAACUAAAGCCUUCUUCAGUGCCAGCAGCUGUAUCCAAGAAGCCAGCAGAACCGCCAGUGAAGGAGAAAUGGUCUCGAGAGAAUCAUCCCGCUUUCAAGAAGACAACACCAGCAGCUCCUGCAGACGAGUCAGAGUCAUCCACAAACUUCAAAGUCAACGACACAGUAUUAGCAAAAUGGCAUUCGGGCGACAAAGGCUUCUAUCCGGCGAGGAUCACGUCUAUCACAGGUUCCUCGACCGCGCCAGUCUAUAUUGUCAAGUUCAAGAGCUACGACACCACUGAAACUCUCCGGGCCAAGGACAUUAAACCCGUUGUAAACCCAAAUAAGCGCAAAGCUGAUGGAACACCAGUCGCAGCGUCUUUACCUCUACCUCCUCCGGUUAACACCAACGUCAUAUCUGCUGCAGCAGACAUUAAUCCAGAGCUUGCACAGCAAACAAAGCGUGAGCCGAGCAAGGUCAGUGAUGGCCCUGUUAGACCCGCCAAAGUUCCAAAGAAGAUCAAGGCAAACAAGGAAUUGGAAGCCGGCAAAUCAAAAUGGCAGGAUUUUGCACAGAAGGGCAAGUUUGGCAAAGCCGCAAAGAAGGAAAGCAUGUUCCGAACACCAGAAGGCGUCCACGGCAGAGUUGGUUUUACGGGUUCGGGUCAAAGCAUGCGGAAGGAUCCUACACGAAGUCGACACAUCUAUCAGACUAAUGGUGAGGAAGAAGGAUUUUAA